UUCGUUAACAGUCCUAGUCGAGUUCUAGGAGGUUCAACCAGCGUCCAGCGUCCAGCGUCCAGCGACCAGUGCCUGUGUCGAGUCGUGUGUAGUUAGUUUCCCGCUCAUCCCCACCCAGUGUGUCCCUGCCACUCCUUUCUCGAAGCUUAAUCGUGUGAUCUAAGUAACAAUGAAGCCAUUCUUUAUUGCCGCAGCUCUGCUGGUCUCGACGGUGUCCGCCGGGUGGCACGGAGCCGUCUCCACACAGUACCAGCACCUGGACCCGCACAGCCACACCUACUCGUACGGAUACGCCGACCCCAACUCACAGAAGCACGAGACGCGCGGUCACGAUGGCACCACGCACGGCUCCUACUCCUACGUCGAUGGCCAUGGCCACGUGCAGUCGGUGUCCUACACCGCUGAUCCGCACCAUGGCUUCAAUGCCGUGGGCACCAACCUGCCACAGGCUCCCCACGCCCACGCCGCCCCCGUCUACGCUGCCGCCCACUCGCAUGGCGCCUAUGUUCCCUACGCCCAUGCCCACGGACCCAUCCACAUCCCGGUGCUGACCCACGGAGGAGUGCCAGUCGAUACUCCCGAGGUGCAGCAUGCCAAGGCCGCCCAUGCCGCCGCCCACGCAGCUGCCGCCCACAACGCCGGUGGUCACCACCUGUACAAGCGAUCGAUCUACGGAGGGGGUUGGGGAUACGGACAGGCCGCCCAUGUGCCGCUGACCCACGGUGGAGUGCCCGUUGACACGCCCGAUGUGCAGGCCGCCAAGGCCGAGCAUUAUGCCGCCCACGCCAAGGCCUUGGGUCAUGUGGCCCACGCCCAUGGAGCCCCAGUUGAGACACCGGAAGUGCAGCACGCCAAGGCCGCCCACUUUGCCGCUCAUGCCGCCGCCCGCACCGGACACCCCGUCGCCCCGAUCAGCCACGGUGGCUACCACGUGCCCGUGAUCCACAACGGAGUGCCCGUUGAUACGCCCGAGGUGCAGCACGCCAAGGCCGCCCACUAUGCCGCCCUCUCGCAGGCCUCCGCUCACGGAGGAGCCUCCCACGGAUCCUGGGACGAUGGUCGCUACGACGGCCGCUGGGAGUCGGGCAGCAGCAGCAGCCAUAGCAGCAGCCACAUUGGAUACGCCACUGGAUACGCGCACAAGGGACCCAUCCACAUCCCGGUAAUCCACAACGGAGUGCCCGUGGAGCCCGCCGAGGUGCAGCAUGCCCGUGCCGCGCAUCUGAGCGCCGUGGCUGCCGCCGGACACGGAACUCCGGUCAGUCAUGGUGGCUACUACGGUGGCAAUGGACACGAGGACGAUGGACAGUACCACGCGCACUACGACCACUACUAAGGUGGAUUAGGUGGACUUGGAUCCCAUGAGAAGAGGACCACUCCAUUCCGAUCGACGACGAGCAUCUCUACGUAAUCACUCUAACCGACUACCGAAGCCAACGUUGCGUAUGCGUAAUAAUGCCAGCGUGACCUUACAGCUGCCCUCCCAUCUGUCCAAUCUAUCUGUAUCUCUGUAUCUGUAUCUGUACUAUAUAUCUGUUUAUCUGUCCCAUCACUGUAACUAUCCUUCACUAUCUGAGAAACACACACACACGCACAAGCCACCGAACACACGGAAAACUGAAAGCGACUGCACACGGGAGAUUGAAGUUGGCCCGAAGGACAGCUUCCUUGCCCGCUGGGUUUCGAUUUGGAUUUACAUCAAGUCACAGCACACACAUACCCAACUACAUCUCUAUAUCCAAGCCUUUCUCCUUCUUUUUCCUCCUGUUUUUCCAUUCUGUCAAUCGAUUGAGAAACGCUGUACGAGUAUGUUGUAAAUAACUGUUGUAAUCUUUAUGUAUCUGACCAGAUAUAAAUCUAUAUUUUAUAUGAAACUGCAAACAGACAAAUAAACUGCAAAAAUGUAUUUGAUCACA